GAUAACCUGAUUUAUCGAUUUUACACGAGGCGUUAUUUCAAUGGCGAGCAAAGAGGAAGUUAAAACAAAUUGACAAAUACUAAAUAUUGCAAGAUGCCCCAACCAAGGCGAGCAUCGCCAAGGAACAAAGAUCGCAGGUCAAGGUCAUAUUCACCGAGGCGUCAAAGAUCAAGGUCAAGGUCUUACUCUAGAGACCGUUCACGCUCUAGGGAACGACGAAGAUCACCUCCAAGAAAAAGGAGCCCAGAGCGCAGUCAAAGAUGGUCCCCACGUCAUAGAUCUCAGUCGUCAGAGAGAGACUACGCUAGACAACAGGUGAAGCCCCAUUCCGGAGAUAUUCCUGAUAAGAGGUCCGCACGCCGAUCUCGCACGCCAAGUCCUUACAGUAGAGACAAAAAAUUAAAGCAAGAGACUAGCCCAUAUGAUCACCGUCGCCGGUCCCCUUCCCCAGGUCCCAGUCGAAAAUCACGCCUAGAACACAUUUCCUCUUCCCGCUCUGAACACAAUUCUUCUGGACGCUCAGAACACGUUUCCUCAGCGCGUGCCCCACUUUUCCCCUCAGCUGGCACAGGAAAAAAACGGGAAAUUGACUACGUCGUUAUUGUCAACCGGGGUCCCAAAAUGGAAAGAUUAAACAAAAGAUUUGAGACUUUGGAACAACAAGCUGCAGGGCCAUUUGAUUUUGAGGAGAACAUCACAAUUGGGAUACAUCGGGGACCAUCAGCUAAUGUUCAUUUAUACGAUGAUGAGGACGUCCCUGUUAACUAUGAUUUCAACACGAAAACAUUUAAAAUGCUGCAUCGGAAAAAGUAUUAUGAGAAAGCAAUUUUUGACCGAGAUGAAAUCAAGGCGUUUCAUCACGAUGAUAUUUUAGAUGAAGAGGCUUAUGUGGAAAAGCGUACCAUCUCUGUCAAGCCUGUUGACAAGCCGAGGAGAGAUGAUCGCAGAGAUGACAUGAGAGAUGAGAUUGAUUUCCGUGUCACUCACCGGACAGAUAGAGAUGACCCAUAUGUGGACAGAAGGAUGGUUCGAUCACAUGAACGGUCACAAAGAUAUGAGGACAUCCCUGUGACAGUGAGACUUGACCCAAAGCCAGACCCGAGGUAUGAAAGGAUUUACCGAUCGCAGCAGAGACAUGGUGACCAGCCUGAGAACUUUCGGGACCCAGGGGAUCUCAGAAACAGUCUACUGCGGCGCAAACCUGAGGGCGGCAUGGUUGAUGCAAGGAGUCGUAUUGAUGCGCGUAGAAUGGAGGAAGACGAUGUAUCACCAGACAGACAUUCACAAGACAUGGACCGAAAGCGAUCGUCAUACAAACAAGACUUACCAGAUUUCAAGAACCGUCCAGAGUCUCCAGUCGAGCGAUGGGGCUUCUGCACACUUUGCCAGCUCAGUUUGUACUCUGAAAUCCACGCCAAUGAGCAUGUUGAGAGCGCACAACACCAGCUUAACGAGCGCUUGGUUGACGAGGGUCUUUUAGAUGAAGAGACGGGACUGCCAAUUGACAAUGAUCGAUCAGACGAACCACCAAGGAUGGUUUCACCGCCAUUGGCUCAUCGGGAUAUUUCUCCGCUUUACAGGACUCAUGGGGAUACCCCCCCUUCACGCAAGGAUGACUCACAUGCGCCUUUACCAAGAGAUAGGGAUAUUUCACCCCACCAUGAUUCCAGAUAUGCCCCAGUCUCUUCGGCACAAAGAGUGCAUACCCCUGCAACCGAGCCGGAGGUUUUCACUCCUCCCCCUGAAGUGACUUCGCCACCAUACUUGCAGACUAGCGAUCAUCGGCAGAAGCAUGAGAAACGAUCACAGUACGAUUACACACAAAAUGAGCGUCGGAGUUACACACCAAAUGAACGAGCAGACUACACACCAAGUGAGCAAGCCGAUUACACACCAAAUGAACGAGCAGAUUACACACCAGAUGAACGUAAAGACUACACACCAAAUGAACGAAGAAACUACACACCAACUGAGAGAAGGGAAUCAGGUAGAGAUACUCAUUUGAGCAGCAGGGAUUCAUUAAGGCAGGAGAAGGAAUCAGUUGCAAGCAGUCAAGAGUCAGACGGAUAUUACAGAGAUUCAGUUGAAAGAAAAAGGGAUUUAGACAGACGCAGUGGAGAUGCCUUUGAUAGAUUGAGAGAUAGACGUGAGUCUGUUGAAAAAGAUGACUCGAACACCAAGUUCAGAGAUUCUGACUCCGAAAGAAGAAAAGUAUCACCUAAAGAAAUAGCUAAAGAUGAAACUGAAGAUAGUAGAGAUUCAUUUGAAAAGGGAGGUAAAUCGGAUAGGCGCAGUAGAGAUUCGGUUGGGAGGAGGGACUCAGUAAGUCGUAGUCGUAGUCGCAGCUCAUCUGAAGAAAGCAGGGAUGAUGUAAAAUAUGAAAGAGAAUCUGUUGAAAGAGAGAAAGAUUCAGCUAAAAAAAGCAAGAAGUUGAAAAAGCAAAGAAAGGAUUCUGAAAAGCAGAAAGUUAAAAGAAAAAGAAAAAGCUCUGAGAAACAGAAGGAAGAAGAAAAAGAGGUCAAGAGUUCUACUGAUGUGAAAAAGGAAGAGGUGGAUAAAAGCCUUCAUGAUGAUGAUAUGUCAGUGUCCAAUGAUAAGUCUCCGGAGUUUCCAAAAGCAUAUAUGGAUCGGGAAGAGCAACCUUCCAUUUUUAAAGGUGGGCUUCGUAUUUCUAUACAAGGAAACACCAGUGUUAAAACUGAACAACAGGCCAUGGGAGGAGUAAAGUCUGUCGAGGAAUAUGAAAAACAGAUGAGGAGUGAUAUUUAUGGCAAAUGGGCCUCCGACAAUGAGGAAAAGGAAACAUUUAAGGAGAUUUUACAAAAGAAGAAAAUGUUUGCAAAAGCCAAUAACUACAGAAAAAGAGAAAGAGAAGGCUCUUUGCCGAAAGCAUAUAGAUCGUUUAUUGGGGAAACUAAAACUGCUCAGAAAGAGAGUAAUUCACAAGAUAGGGCUUCUCGUGAGAAGGACAGGAAUUCGCGUGAGAGGGAUUCACGGAGUUCAUCAAGUUCUAGCGAUUCGAAGAGUGAGGGUGGUACGCCGAGACGAAGGAGAAGGUAUUCGGAUGAUUCUGGAUCGAGACGGUCAGCGAGGGACGAUGAGCCAACUUGUGCUUACAGAGAUGACAGAGGCAUGCGUUCAACAGGAGGCCGGAAAGGUGGUGGGAGUCGUGUUAUCUGGUUGAUCGGAUCCAACCACUUGGGUGCUGUAAGCAACAACUUGAUGAAUCGUGGCAACAGUUUAAGUCUAGGGCUAGAGGAUCGUAACUGGGAAUUGGUCUGGCUUACACGAAGGCAACUCAUGUUGAAGGACAUACAUGACCUUGUCGAGGACGAAUACGACCGGACAAAGCCGGACUUCAUCCUUCUGCAUGUUGGUGGGUCGGAAAUUGCUGACUCGACAGAGACCGAGUUUCGUACUGGCACCACCGAGCUUAUUGAUUGGUUGAUGAAGCGCUUUUCCGAGACCAAGAUUGUUUGGAUUGACUUGUUAAUGGAGAGCAUUGGCGAGAGGGACGAGCUGAACACUGUUGACCAGAAGCGGAGGGCCGUCAACGGCGAGAUUGCUGUGCAUGUUUUAGAGAAGGGCGGCCAUUACAUGCGUCUGCCACACGAUUAUCGGGAGUUUGGAACUUACUUCAAAUUUAAGGACAAUAUUCACAUGAAUUUGACCAAGUACAGCAUCUCUCUGUUUGAAGAGAAUUUGCAAAGCUCUCUAGUCUCGAUUGUCGAGCGGAACAUGUACAUUGUUCCCGAUAUGAAGGCCCUGUCCUUACCGGUGCACAGGUAUGUAGGUCGGAACAAGCACAAGUUUCCCUCUGUGCAAAAGAAAUUCUUCCGGCCAGGUUUCAACAAGUUUAGCCGUCCGUUUAAUAAUAAUUACCAAUACAAACGUAAGAACUUUUAUAACCCAAACUUUCAGAGCAAGCGGAGAAGGUUCCAGGAAUAAACUUUGUGCUUGUUCCUCUAAGUCAGAGAUCUAAUGAACAAUAAUUGACGAAGUGAGAUGUUCUAUUUUACAGUUUUGAAUGUUUUAAAUUUCAUAAAACUUACAUUGUUUAUGUCACACAAUUAUUUUAAAAGGCUACUUAAGAUAAAAAAAAAAUGCUACAGUUUUGCCAUACCGGUUAUUUUAAUCAGAUUGUAAUCUUUAUCUACAUUUUGUAUUUGUUUCAUAAUUAUGUUCUCUGGUUUCAGAAAUUUACAGAGUAUUUUUGCUUUAUGUGAUACAUUUUUCAUUGUUUGUUCUUUGUUAUAAUUCAAUGUUUAGGCUUGUCUGUUUUUCGGGUGUUGUCAUAGCCGUGGUGCUAUUGUCGCCGUUGUGGCAAAACUUGAACCUUGGCCAUAAAUUGAAACCCACUCAAAAUAUACCCAUACAUGUAGUCAGAGAGAAUAUCACAUGUACAACAAGGCCCAUUACUCGCGCUUUAAUAAUUAUUGAGUUAUGCCCCUUUCUUUACCAAAAACAGAUGAGCAUUAUUGUUUGCUUAGUGGCACUCUUGUUUAUAGUAUUUGUCAAUAAUCAUGCUUAAAAAUGUUUUAUUUAUUGAAUUGAAAGGUUUAUUCUGUGUCAGAUGAUUUUGUUUUCCUUUAAAAAGAAUUAUUGUAGUUACAGGGCUUUUUUAGCAAAAAUUUUGAAGAGGUUAAAUCUUUCCAUUUUGGGGUAUUUUAAUGCGUACGUGAUUCAAAUUGAGAAAGUCAAUGCUUUAAGCUCAUUUAGUCAAAAUAAUGGACGAUUGCCAUACAAUAAGAAACAAAUUAAACUAUGACAUCAGUGCAAACAAUGAUUCAAUGAUUUUAUUGAUUUUAAAACAAAGAAUGUUAGAAAACAAAUGUUUAAAAGAUUAGGAGGCAUUUUUUUCAAUGGGGAGGUACUGGUAGUCGAAUUUCUGCCUCUGCUGAAAAGCCCUGAUUUAACUCAAAUGUGUAAAUAGUUUGAUAUGCCAACAACAUUCCAUUAAAUCCAUUCUAAAUUCAAAAAUAUCUGUACAGAUGAUAUGAAUUAUUUUUGUUUUAUUGAUGUUAUUGUUGAUUCUUGAUAUCAUUUGUAACUUUGAGGACAUUGAAAUGUUCAUUCAUUUUGUUUCAUAUUGAUCACUUUCUUUGUAAGACAAAGGGUUUCAUUAUUUGACCUGCUCAAGUAUUUUUCUUUUCAAUUCUUAUGGGUUAAAUCAUGUUCACAAAUUCUUGUUUCUUCAUGUAUUAACCAGAAGUGCCAUAAUAUUUUAUUUUUUUGAAAUUAUGUCUCCCGAAAAAAUGGUGAGACAAAGUUUUUUGCUCGAGUUGUCUGUCCGUCACAAAUUGGGUCCGCUCCAUAAUUCUUGAACAGCUUAAAUGUUCACCAUAUUAAGACGAUGUUCAGAGCCCAUGUUGCAACCAGCUUGGUUCAAGGUCAAGUUCACACCUAGAGGUCAAAGGUCAUAUGGUUGCAUUUUGUGUCUGCUCGAUAUCUCUUGGCCGACUUGAAGGAUUUUGAAAUUACUUGCCACAAAUGUUCACCAUGUUGAGACAUUUGCAGAGGGGGAGACAUCUAUUUUUUAUUAAAAAUUAACAGUCUAUUUUUUUAAUGUUGUAAAAUGUCAGUGUACUUUUUGUUUGUUCUAAAACUUACAUGUAUUAUUAUGGAAGAGUGUAAUUCUAUGAAGAAUAAUGUUCUGUUAAGAUACCUGAUACACAGAUAUAUGUAUGUGAAUUUUGGAUGCCUGGUCACAUAUUGAUUUUAAAUCAUUUGAAAGAGUUAUGUGUGCAAAAAAAAUAAAUCAAACCUUUCAAGUGAUACCAUAAUCAUAUGGGGUCGCCUACAGCCUAUUUAAUACAGCUGGAUAAGUUGCUUACAAGUUCUAUUUUGGCUGGUUGACUCAUUAAAAUUAUUUGAUUGGUCAGUAGUUAUUACUGGAUAAAUAUUGACCAAUCAAAACACAUAACAGGUUUCAUACAAUUGUCUGCUGCAGCUAUUGUGUAAAACUGGAUAAGUAAUCAACAUGUUACAGUUUGGUUAGUUUGCCAAUAUGGCAAUAUGAUUGGUCAACCAAUUAAUGAAUAAAUAUUGACCAGCCAAUAAACAUUUGGCAAACUUGAACCUAUCAACAGUAAUAAUCAGUCUUAUAACUACAGGCAUCAAAAUUUAACCUUAAGGUAAAUGGAUUAACUUGAAGGCUAGCUUAUCCAGUUUAUGUGUGGGUCUGACGCCUCAACUUGGCUUAAAUUUUGAAAGGUUGAUGCAGUGUCACAAGCUGCAAUACUCUUUUGGUAUACUUUCUAGAAUUUAAUCAUGUGCUAUUUAACUAUUUUUGUAAUGUACUUGGGAAUAAAUGACUUAUUGUGUGUU